AUCAUUUAAGACUGAAUGUUGCGUGCAAUUUUUAUUCAACAAAACAUUCAAUUAGAUGCACGUGCAAUUAAGCAGUAACUGUUUACAAUUCACGAAACAAUCGUAGACUUAAUGACGACGAUCGCAUAGCAAGCCGCGUACUCCAGGAAGACUGUGUACAUUUUUUUAAUUAGGAAACCGGCUCGGUAAAAGCAGCCUUCCGUCAUCGGCGUACAGACAGGAAAGCAUCAUCGAUGUGUAUUAAUGAAGCCAAGGCACGGAUCGACCGGGUAUGCGCGCACGCCAGCCAGUGUUACCGCGCAUUUCAAACGAUACACUCGCGAACUGCAAAUGUAUUUUCCAAAAACCUCUGAGGUCGAUGACACAAGUUCGGAAGGACUCGAAAUGUUACGGAUUUAAUCGAUUCUCGUAUAGAUGAUCGAUUUGUUGAGAUAGUAGUAACAAGUGAAGAUAGUAAAACAUCGUGUACUUUCAGAUGUUAAACGUAUAUUAAAGAAGAAUAUAUGUCUAGUGAAAAAUUAAAAACAAUCAAGAUGUACACGAAAGUGCUAGUGAUGUUAAUGGCAGUGUCUCUGAUGCCAAUGGUCCUGUCCAGAUCGAGGAGGUACUCGAAGUCGCAGGGCAAUUCAUUGUACAAGAUCAGAUGUGAUCUCAAGUGUAUCGAUUUAGAGAAAGAGGAUAAACAUAUAUGCAAAGCACAAUGCCGUUUGAACGAGAAUAAACCAGGGACGUGUCCAAUAUCUGACUCGCCGAAGUGGGAGGCUGCUUGUGUGGAAGCAUGCAACGCCGACUCACAAUGCGAUGGUACGCAACGGUGCUGCCGCCAUUCCUGUGGGUCCACUUGCAGCGAGCCUACCGAUCUUCUGACUAUACCAGGUCUCCCAGCCUUACCCACAAUUGAAGAGCCUAAAGAGAAAAAGAGAUCUGUGGUGAUCAGAUGGUCAGAUGGAGUGGGGGAUGCAGCAAGAGCGGUUCCUGGACCUGUCUUCUACGUGCUAGAGGAACAACACCAUCUGGGACCGAAGUACGAAGAGAUGAGACUUGGAGAAUGGAAUUUACUAUUGAGAACGAAUAAAACCAAGGUAUCUUUACGAAAUGCUCUGAAACCGGGUCGUUGGUACCGGUUCCGAGUGGCAGCCGUAAGUUCUUCGGGCACUAGAGGAUUUUCAGCUCCCAGUUCUCCGUUCACACCUCGACGAGGACCACGUCCCCCUCCAUCCCCGAAGAAGCUGAAAGUGCGCCCUGUAAGAGAGAAUAAUGGCACCGUAACUGUGAGAUUGGAAUGGAAGGAGCCACACUCAGAUCUGCCAGUGCUGCGAUACAAAGUCUUCUGGAGUAGACGUGUUAAAGGCUUGGGAGGAGAACUAGACUCAGUGCUGGUCAACCAUCAGACGGUGCCCAAGGACCAAAAUUACAUUGAAAUCAAGGACUUGCAGCCAAACUCGAUGUACUUCUUACAAGUGCAAACGAUCAGUCAAUUUGGUCUUGGUAAACUUCGCAGUGACAAAGCGUCAAUAUUCUACAACACUACUUCAACGGGUCGCUUUGAGUCACCUCCAGAACCGCUUCAAAAACGUGACAGUAAAAAGAUAAGAGGUCUCAGCUUACACAAAAUUGUGUGGUACAAUGGAAAAAUAAAGGCUAGAAUCGCCUGGCAGCCUCUCCUUAGUGUUUACGAGCAGCCCGGAAGGUAUUACGUUCAUUGGAAAGCCAUUAAGUGCCACAAUCCCAAAAAGAUACACAGAGAAGGGUUAACUGCCAUUACUGAGGAUACGACCUUUGAACUAUAUGAGUUGAACUACCGGUGUAUUUAUAAGGUAAAUGUCAAUUCAACGCCACGUCUCAAAACGCCAGAUUCGGAACUUACUGUAACUGUUCCUGCGUGUGAAUAUUUUAAAAGAAGAGUCGGUAAUACCACUGUAGUAAACUGUGACGAACAUAAUUAAUUUGUAUUAAUAUAAUUUAUGAUGAGUAUAACCUUGACUGUCAAUUUUUUACAUAUUUCGUGUUAAAUGUCGGUCACUUACACAUUUUUUAUAUGUCAACUUCUAGAUAAAUAACAGCUUGUCAUGUAAUUUUGUAUUCAAAUGCUAGUUGAAUUAUUAUGUUCAUAAUUAUUAUGACAUUGUAAAGAAUAGUCUUUAGCUAUUAAGUUCUUAGUAAACUAAAAAGUGACAUGAAAAGUUCACAUACUUUGUACGAAAGAAGUUGUUAAUGAAAAAAUAAAUAAGAAUUAUUAAUAUAAAAAUUAUAAAUACUUUAUUUAUUAAA